AUGACUAACGACCUUGCUGUUACUAUCUCUACUGCUGUACCUAUUGCAGGAAAGGAAGAUUCAUGGGUAUGGAGUGCAACCAAGGACGUGUCAUUCUCAACAAAAUCAGCCUACAACAUCAUUCAAGACUCAAGGAACACUGCAACACAAACGAGUUUCAGCAAAGAAAUGAUGCAGAAAAUGUGGGACACUCCGGUUCCUCAGAAGGCAAUAGUCACUUCUUGGAGAUUACUGAGGAAUAGAUUACCAAACAUUCCAAUUGGUGAAGUGGAGCUCAUGUGCAAUGCUUGCUGCCACCAACUGGAAUCGGCAAAUCACUUAUUUACGAGGUGCCCAAAGACUGAAGAGGUUUGGAUAGGAGUGCAAAGAUGGCUGGGCGUUCACACUCUGCGACCACAAGGUACGAUUGAACAUUUCGACGCGUUUACUAACUUGGGGAGGAAAAAGAGUUCGAAGUUUCUUAGGGCUCUUUGGAUCUGUACCACUUGGUUACUUUGGAAGAGUCGCAAUGAGAGGAGAUUUGAUGGAAAGAAUUGGGAAGUUCAAAGCUUGAUUGGGGAGAUAAAAGUAAGACUUUGGAGUUGGAACAUGAUUUUUAAAUUGAAUGAAAAGGAGAUGUGUUUCUCCUCAUGGAUGUCUGGAUCAAUUUCAAGUGUAAUUGUGUAA